AUGUUGUUUUCUAAAAAUAAAGCAUAUGUUGACGAACUCUUAUAUUGGUCGGGUCGUAGAAUGAUUUUGGAUGAAUACUUGCAAGGAGAUUUAUCGCCAACCAGAUUACCCCCAUCUUGGGUUACAACUCAGAAGUAUGUAUUUCAAUCAGAUGAUGGUGGGUUGGCUGUAUUGGACACAUCUACAAACUUAAUUAACGUCCUAGUGACUAAUCAUACUCUUCGUCAAUUAAAUGUUCAAGGCUACCUAUGCUCCCGCGAUCUAAAAUACUUAUUAUUCAAACAUAACGUAAAAAAAAAUUUUCAGAAGUCCUUCACAGCAUUUUAUACAAUCUACGACGUGGAAAAGGAUCAUCACUUACCAGUCAAAUUGAAAGACUCAUUAAAGGUACAAAGAACUCGUCUGCAGUAUGCAACUUGGCUUGGCAAUACGUCGGCAAUAAUAUUUGUAGUGGAAAACGAUAUAUUUAUCCGACAGUCCCCUUUAAAAGAGGAAGAUAUAAGAAUAACAUCAUCGGGAUAUGAAAAUCAAAUAUAUAACGGUGUUCCUGAUUGGCUUUACCAGGAAGAAAUUUUAAAAUCGCCGGAAGCAAUUUGGUCGUCUUCAGAUGGCACACAUUUCUUGUUCGCCUUAUUUAACGAUACGAAUGUUGGAAUGAUGUCAUAUCCCUGGUUGUCGUCUGGAGCUUUAUUUACUGGAAGUGGCAUCUCUCCUGGAAAUUUUUUUCCAGAAACCAAAAAUGUUAGAUAUCCAACUCCAGGCACUGCCAACCCAGAAGUACAGCUGUGGGCAGUUGACAUAACUAAUUUAAGCGCUAUCCAAAAAUUUCAAAUUAAACCUCCCGCUUCUCUUGAUGGACAAGACUAUUACCUCACAUCAGCAGGUUGGAUAUCUGACAACAAUCGCCAAAUAUCGGUUGCUUAUAUGGGAAGAUCUCAAAAUUACAGCGUGAUAUCAAUGUGUUCUAAACUUCGAAAUUGGAAUUGCUUUGAAAUACAUUCUGAACGUGCUCCAGAAAAUGAAUGGUUAGAUAUUUUUCCUCACCCUGUCUUUUCGUCGGAUGGCAGCAGUUUUUUAUUACUAUCAAGUAUUCAGGAGUCCGGACAAUAUCAGUUCACACAUAUAAAACAUAUAACCACAUCAGAGCGAAGAGCUUCUGUUAUUUCUCAUGGUCGAUAUGAAGUUGUAGAAAUAUUAUGUUGGGAUACCCUAAAUCACAAAGUUUACUUUUUGGCUACUCAGGAUAAAAAACCUGGUCAAAGACACUUAUAUUCUGUUAAAGAUCCAAUACAUGACGAUACCAGGAAAAUCGAACCGCAAUGUAUAACAUGUGAUUUAGGUGAGGAUCUUUGGAGUAGUCGCUACUAUUAUACGAACUGUUCACAUUUUGAUGCCUUUAUUACACCACCAUUUGGUGUUGCAACGAACUAUGGAAUUGAGUUCUACAUAUUAGAAUGUCAAGGUCCAGGACUGCCGGUAUCUGGAGUUCAUUUGCUUGAAACGCACAGCUUGGUGAAAAUUUUAUACGACACACGGCCAUUUUACACAGAAAGACUACAAAAGCUGGCAUUACCGACCCAGCGAUCUUUUGAAAUACCAUUACCGCAUGGAGGACGAGCUCAAGUUCAAUUACUGCUUCCCCCCAGCUGGAGAGAAGAGUUACGGGAUGCUGCAUUUCCAGUUAUUGUUGAAGUGUACGCAACUCGCGUGAUCGGGUCCAAGGUUCACUGCCGCAUCGUUAGUUCAGGGUGCGCCAAUUCACAGUUCGACCUUGUUGCCCUUGCCGUGUGCGGGUGCAAUGUCCAGCGUGGUACCGUUAAUUCACGAUGUCCCUGCUUUGCCCGGGUCCAAGGUCUGUUGUUCACAGGUUGA